UAAUAUAUAAUUUGGUGUCCACCAUAUUUUUCAUAACAGUUCUUUGUUUUGUUUAGAUUAAUAUAGAUGAUAUAUAGUGUCAAGAAUCAGUAUUGGUGACGGCUCUAAAGCUUGUUUGUUACAGCUGAUUUGUUAUCAGAUAAUAUCUGAUCUAAGACCUAAACAUCAGGUAUUAACAGACAAGAACGGAAACACAACAUGGUGAUUGUUCGGUAUUUUACAAUUGCUUCCGCUCUCUUGGUCAGCUGUUUUUCUUUCCCAACAGAUCUGAAUAUAAGAAAUAUAUUGGACAAACUUUACACGUUUCCGGACACACCAGAGAUUUUAUCCGAGGAUCCUAACUGGCCAGACAACAAUGUCAAUAUAGGUCAAAUUGGCGGGUUGGCAAUUGCUCCUAAUAAUGAUUUAGUUGUCUUUCACAGAGGUAGUCGAAAAUGGGAAUUUGGAUCCUUCAACAGGGACAAUACCUAUGCACAGAAAGACCAGGGUCCUAUUGCAGCAGAAACAAUUGUCCAGUUUGAUGUAAAGAAUGGGAAGAAAAUAAACGGCGAGGGUGCCAAUAAGUAUUACAUGCCCCAUGGUUUAACUAUUGAUGGUGCCGGUAACAAAUGGGUUACGGACGUGGCUUUACAUCAAGUUUUCAGAAUUCCUUCUGGUCAGUCAGAACCUGACCUAGAACUUGGCACAGCUUUUGUUCCAGGAAAAACAAAUAACACUUUCUGUAAACCAACUGAUGUUGCUGUUGCGUCCAAUGGCGAUUUCUUUGUCGCUGAUGGAUAUUGUAACGGUCGUGUCAUGAAGUUCUCAAAAGAUGGAUCUCUGAUCACUGAAUGGGGUCACAAGUCUAAUGGUCCUACCACAGAGUACACUCUUAACGUGCCACAUAGUUUGUCUCUGGUAGAAGAGUUAGAUCUUUUGUGUGUAGCUGAUCGUGAAGACAGCAGAAUAAUGUGUUAUCGUGCUGGCAUCAAGGAUCCUAGUAAAACCGGAGUUUUUGACGAAACCUUGGUAAAGUUUGACCAGAUCGGCCGUGUCUUCGCAAUCGAGUAUAGCCCAGUCAAUAAAGUUAUGUAUGCUGUAGUUAGUCCCGAAGAGAACGAAUUAGAAGCUCGGGGCUUUACUGUUGAGAUGAAUGGAAGAAUAGUCGACUCAUGGGGAGUAGUUAACAUGGGAUCUCAUUCACAGCCACAUGAUGUUACUGUCUCUAAAAACGGAAAUGACGUGUUUGUUGGUGACAUUGGAGACGUAAGACCAGUCACUCGAUUCAGGAAAAGGAAACAGAUAUAUGUUGGAUAAACUUUCAUGUGUAUAACUUUAA